GCACCUGGUGAGCGGUGUUAGCUGCUGGCAGCAUCCGAUUCCUAAGGGAACUGUAUGCAUUGAGAAUGGGUGUUACAUGCCAAACUUUGAUGGUUGUUCUCAGUGCAAAACUUGUAACACUAUUAAAGUUGAUGACAUGACAACUCGAGAAGAAGAUGGAGAUGAAAUUAUUACAUACAAACAUGUGUGUUCCAACUGUCAACAUGAAAUCGCAGAACAUCAGCAUAUUUUUAGAGUGGAUGGGCAAUUUCAGGUGUAUGAGAUGACCUGCCUGUUGUGUGGAAACGGAGAAGAUGAACGGAGCAUUAUGCCAUACGAUCCACGAGGACCUCAUUUAGAGAUCUUUUAACAAACACUGGUUUUUGCAUCCUUUCUUAUUCCAGCUUUCCACUGACACGAUCCCAUGCAUGAUUUUUGUGCCCAAUUCUGUGGAAAAGGUGCCAUAAUGUGUAUAUUCAUUAUCGUGAUAAAGGGGAAGAUCAUAGCCCAUUGGUAAAGUGAUCACUUUAUGCACAGUCGUUCUGGGAUCAAUCCUUCUCUAUGGGCCCAUUUGGCUAAAAAAAAAAUUCAGCCAGUGCAUUACAACUGGUAUGACAAAGGACGUGAUAUGUACUAUCCUGUCUGUGGGGUGCACAUAAAAGAUCCUUUCCUACUAAUGAAAAAAUGUAGCAGGUUUCCUUUCAAAGAUUAUAUAUCAAAAUUACCAAAUGUUUAACAUCCAAUAGCCGAUGAUUAAUAAAUCGAUGUGCUCUAGUGGUGUCAUUAAACAAAACAAACUUUAACUUGAUCCCGAUAACCUCACGAGCGAAAUGACUUUUAAUGGAAAGUGGGCCUUACAGGGAUUACUUUCAUAAAGAUCUGUGUUAUCAGCCCUAGCAGGGUGAUGCCAUUUGUGCAAAGAGAUCCUUAAUUACAAAAGUAGCUGAAGAAAAUUGUUUACAUUAUCUUUUUUCAGUGUUUAAGACCAUUAUAUAAAACUUGUUCCUGUGUCCUCAUAGGAUGAGACUGAAACAGUACAUGAUUACAAUGGUCAUUUUGUUUCUUUGAAAGGCACUUUUACAGAUGCAGGCCCAUAGCCACGAUUUCAAAGAGAUGAUGGGGUGUUUUAGAUGAUGAAAUAACUUUUUAUACCUAAACAUUUUAAUAUGUGUGAUAGUUACACUUUUUUUUUUAAUUAAGUGAAAUUGAGCAGGUCAGAUUUUGUUUUUUAAUGUCUAUUUUAUGUAUGCACCUAAUGGAAUAAUAAUAUUUAUUAGUUUAGAAAAUACAAAAACCAAAAGCCAAUAUGAGAAAUAAAUAGUGAAAAUCCAGUGUAGCAGCUUCAGUUAAUAUUCUGUGUCUUGGUCCUCUCAUACCUGCCCUUUCAAGGCAUACUGUCACGGAUUAAAGGACCUUAUUUCUCUAAAAAUGGAUAAUAAAUUUAAAAUUCCAUUAAUUGUUGGAAACCAGAUCUAGCUAUUGCAUCACCUUAACUGAACCAUGAUGCAGUGAA